AGAUAGUUCUUAUUUCAUCUCCUUCACAAGAAAAUAAGAAAAAUGGGUGACAGUUCGGCGAGCGAAGUGGAGACGGUCCAGUGGGACUCAGCUUGCAGUGAAGCGGAGGCUAGUUUGAGCACUCUAAGGUCGUCUCAUUACGCUCGGAAUGAAGCCGGCGAAGACGAAGGCCUGGAGGAUGUUCCAGGUCUUGCUGUUGAAGAUUAUUAUGCUGUUGAAGAUUGUUGUGUGCAGGAUGAUGAUAUUCCACAACGCAGGGGUGACGUCGGGUUCGAGGGAGAUGCCGAUAAGAAGAGUUGUGUACUUGUUGUGGGAGCACCAGGAGCGUCUUCUUCUACAUCAGGAAGGAGAAAUGACAGUAAGUCCAAAGAAGCAUCUCCGUCUCCGAGUAGCCAGAUGAAGAACAACAACAACAAAGUAGUGGACGAAAAGAACAAGAACAUGUCCUCUUCGAAGACUUCAACUACCUCCACCGCAGGAUCUACAAGCAAAACUUCGACCUCAACGACUCUUCCUGUGAUGCCAUGGACUGUGAAGCGGAAGCCGUCCUCCCGACGUGGUUUGUUCUGCUUUCGAGGAGUAUUCGGUUCAAAGCACGAGGACGAUGAAGAGAAUGGGAUAGGGCCGAUCCCUUUGAUGUCCGACGACAUCGCUAGUGCGCAGUUUCGCUAUGGCCCAAUCAUAGAGUCAGCAUGGGAAAAGAAACCGGUGGCAACUGGGUCCUCCUCAGCAGGGGGAGAGACAAGCAAUAGAAUGGACGACGGCCAAAGUCUCGUUGGUGGUGACCCUAGCACUGCAAAUAGAGCAAACGGAGUUCUUCUUGAGGGCAAUAUCAAAACAACGAGCGCACCAGAUGCAGGAGGAGCUUCUUCUCCCUUAGCAUUAGAAGAUGGUCGUGCUGGCGCGGCUAGAGCAGAGUUGCGACACAGUAACGGGACCACUAUAAUCAAGAAGACGGUGAAUCUUCAAGUCGACACAGGUCAAGAAGAAGCGCCAGAGAUGAAGAGUGCUGAUGAAGACAAUACCGAGGAAGAGCCUGGCAGCCGAGCCUUUGUGGAUGUAAGACGGUCUCUCGGUGUCAAAUUUGGCCACGUUUCGCCUUAUGCCAUAGCAGCCAGGACUAAGAAUAACGACAAGCAGAAGGAGAGUUCAACAUCGUCAUCUCCAGAAUUCACUUGGCUCUACUCAUCGGCUCAGCCAACAACAAGCAUAUUAUCGGGGACAACAUCAGCAGCAGCAGCAGCAGCAGCUUCUUCUACCACUCUUCCUCCUAGUACAUCAACAUCCUCCACUUCUGCUUUAGCAAGGCCUCAAUCUUCAGCAACUGCUUCCACCUCCAGUCCACCUCGUAGUUUGCAGAAUACAGCUGGUACUAGCGAUAGUAGUCUACAUAGGAUCAGGAGCUCUUCCAGCGACGGCACCAAUGAAGGAGGAGGCUCUAGCUCUGCGUCGGCCACCAGUGGGACGAGCAGUACCGCUGCACCAGAGUCAAGCGUAACAACAGGGUCGCCACGUCCAGGCUCGGGGAUGACAUCGAAUGCGAACUCAUUUUUAAGGGUAGGUUAAAGGUGCUUUUGUUACCGUUUGUUAUGGCUCUCUCCCUUAGCUGGGGGCAGCCAUAACAAGCGGGAGAACCCACGAACACCAAAAACCUACCUCUAACAUUUAACAUAAGUGCUGGUGGUGGGGCGAGUAUUGGAGGAACUUCCUUGUUGGGCAAAAGUGGAGGCAAUACUAGAGGUACUGCAGUACAACAAGGUGAAGCUACAACUUCGACACUGGGUUUAUUCCCCGCUAGUGUUUCCUCAGCAGCAGCAGCAAUCCUGAAGGAUGUUGAGAUAGAAUUUCCAUCAGGAAUUGCUGAUCAAAAGGGAGCGACUAAAGAUUCUAGUGACACCAGUAGUACUGAUCCUGUAGCAGCUUCGUUUUCAGCCAGUAAAAAGAAUAUCAAGAUCGACUCCGGUAGCAGUACCAACAGCCUUCAAGCACUCGAAGAUACUAACCGACCUCCUACAGCAUCUGGAGCCUCAAAUAAAGCUAAGCGCAAGAAGACAAAUCGUCCAUCUAGACGCCAAGCGAAACGAGAAGAGCUUCUUGGUGACGGCAGCAUGAUCACAGAGGUGUUUGGAACGGUGUUCAGUCUACGGAAACCUCGAGAUGUGAUGGCUGGAACUAGUAGCGGCCUAAAAACGUUGUCACGCGGUGCGGCAGUUGGCCUAGGCUCGCUGGUGCUUCAUGGUUCAUCAAAUUCUUUCGCAACUGUUGUCAAAUGAUAGACUCUCCCGCGAGUGAAUUUCAAUUUUCAGGUGCAACUAGCGACACCAAAUAAGUUAGAAUUGAAUUUUUAUACCUCUGCGACGUCCUGGUCCUUUCAAAAUCAUGACCAGCCUAUACAACUCCAGAUUGGUUCCCCUAUAGUCGGUUUGCGUGAUGCGGGGUUUUCUGGCUUGGUAAAAGGUGUGGGCUUCGGUAUCUGUGGUUUCGCAGCUGCAACUGGUGCGGGAGCACUUGUCGGUUCCUUCCAGAUAGCUCGUGGGCUCUACUACACACCUUCUGCGCUCUUUUUUGCUUCCUCCACCUCUAGACACUGGAACUCCGACGAAAAGCGAUGGGAAUUGUACUCUUUGCAGAGAGAGAAGAUUAUGGCUCCUGUAGUGAAUUGGAGGACUAGAAGAAUUUGCAAAUAAUUCUUUUAUCUGCCUCGAACGGAAGAGUAGUGGAUUGCUGUUCCUUAUUAGCUCUCCCUUUUGCAGCUAUUCUCUUUGUCAGCGGAGCAGGGCCACGACUGGUAGUUGGAAGUUUUGAAGGUACUGCGGGCUGUUGCGGUAGUUGUUGUUGUUGCGGUAGUGAAGAUGCAGGUCUAGCUACAAAUGAAGUUGUUCCUGCAGUUGGAGUUGCCGCUUCUUGAGCAGUAUGAAUUGCAGGUACAGCCUGUACUUGCGCUAAUUGCUGUUCCUUAUUCGCUCUUCCUCUUGCAGCUAUUCUCUUCUUUGUUCCCACCUCUUUGUCUCUCUAAUACCAAGCGCCUCAUCAAGCAGAGGCGGCGAGCUUUUCAACCGAUGGCUGGCGGGAUCUUUGGGCCUGGUCAGCAAUCACCAUCUGGCGUUUCAAAUGAGAUUUUCUCGUCGUCCAGUUCUUCCGGUAGCGACGGUGAUGGAGAUGAUUACGAAGAAGGGCAGAACAAUUUAUCACUGAAGUACUUAUGUUGCACCUGAUCAUAAUUGAACUGCUAGUUUUAACUGAACAAUCAUAGCGAGCCUCUAAUCCCGCAGUUCCGACAGUGCUUGCGGCGAUAAGGAAUCGCAGGGAUCCUCACGACGGUCUAAGCCUUCUAUGCGACGAUCUCAAGACUCGAGCAUUCGUUUUAAGGCUCAGCAGCUUUCAUUGGUCACCAUUUAGAUUGGAGUCACUGAAAUCGAAGAGGAAAACUAAGGGAAUGAGAGGAAAACUAAUGAAUUGGUAACUGAAAUCGAAUGAGAGAACUGACUGCUGACCUUUAAUUGUUCCUUCCGCUUGAGCUCCGGAGCAAGAAGCGACUCUUCGUUUUCAGAUGCUGGUAGUAGUUAUAACGAAGAAGCGAAGGCAAGAACACGGAGAAGUAGGGGACCACGUAGUUCUACUUCGAGGAGUGCUGCUGGAGGUCAACAAGAACAGAGAAGUGCGGAGGAAAAUGUUGUGUCCCUUUACACUGUUCUGGGCUUGUCCGCGAAUGCGAACAGCAAUACCAUCCGGAAAGCAUACUACAAGAAGAGUUUAGCCUGUCAUCCGGAUAAGAACCCCAACGAUCCUGAGGCGGUGAAAAAGUUUCACCAAAUCACGGAGGCCUACCAAGUCCUGAGCGACCCUCAUCGUAGGAGAAUAUACGACGAAUCCGGGGAGAAUUUAGCGGCAGCGACAGACGCGAUGACAAAGAUAGAUCCCAGUGUCUUCUUCGCAGUGCUGUUCGGAAGCCAUCACUUCGAGCCCUACGUCGGCAAGCUGCACUUGGCCCAAUAUGCAGAGGCGGAAGCAGCUUUACAAGAAGAGUUAGAUCGCCAGUUGUUUCUCAUGUCCUGUAUUCAUCAGGGACCAACUGAGAACGCGAACUUCAAUCCCGCGUACAACAAUGCAAAUACCAGUGGCAAUGCUGGAGGUUGUUCUUCGAAUGUUGCUAACACCAGUAAUAUUACUCAUGAUCACUCGUCUACUAGUGCCGGACUCUCGAACAAUGGCGGAACAACUGGAGCAGCUGGAGGUAGUUCAGCGUCGUCUCGCAUCAACAGCGGCAACAGCACUCCACAGCUGCGUUCUGCCGAACCUCUAAGUGGUUUGCCGCGUUUGUUUUCAGGCAAUACAAGUCGUAUGGGGUCGAAGAUGAGCUCUGGAGCACAAACAGGUUCAUCUGGCACGGGCCCAACAGCAUCUUCACCCAGAGAGCCCUAUAAUCAUGCGACGCCUUCUGAGCAGAAACGUGUCCGAGACCCGAUGGUGAACAAGAGCGUGUUGGAGGCUCUGAAAAUUCGGAAAUUGGAGAAACGGUUGAGGUUUUACCAGCGACGCCGAGAAGUAGAUUGUGCUUUGAAUCUGGAGAAGAAAUUCCGUCCAUUCGUGAACGGUGAAGUGUCGAAUGAGGAGUUUGAAAAACAGAUCACCGAGGAAGCUAGGAAGCUGAAAAAAGCAGCGAAUGGAAGGGAAAUGCUGAAGGCGAUUGGCUGGGUGUAUAGGAAUCAAGCGAGGCAGCAAGAUAGCGGUUUGUUUUACGGCAAACAAUAUGGAGGAGUCAACUUUUACAAAAACAAUGUCAUUCCCAUUCAUCUUUACUACAGCUACAGCUGCUACCCUCUAUCAGCUCUAAUCAUAGCGCACAGCCUGGUCGCGUUUUCGAGAUCAAGCUCACUUCCUGAAGGCGCGCGCGAAGACAGUGGGCACUGUCUUCUUCGCGCAAAGUGUCGUCUUCGUAAGAGGUGGCAGCGAUCUGGGAGCACCCUCAUCACCGCAGGAAACAUCUGCUGCAGCACGAGAUGAAGGAGAUGACAAAACGACUGACCAAAACCAGAAAAAUGGCAGUACUGACAGCCAACAAGGUGCCGAUGCCAACCUAAAGGGACGUGGUAGGAACACCAGCUCCACCCCUUCGAGUCUAAACCCUCGAGCCCUGCGCGUCGGCGCCUACGUGAGGAUCAACAAUGCGGAGGAACCGGAGUAUCACUUAUCGAUUGGUCGGGUGACACGAAUAUUAGCUGACGACGUGGAGGUCGAUAUGACGAGUUUCACGGUGACGGAACGUCGUAAAAACGUUGAAGUAGUGGAUAUACGAGAGGCGCAGCAACAAAACUUACCGGUCUUCAUUUAUGGCCUAUGUAAGUAUAUUUUGGCUUGUAGUAUCGGUUUACACGGUUCUACUCGAACCCACUUCGUCCCAGCAGGUGCGGCUUGGCCGCGAAGCAGUGGACCCUCAACCUUAACCUUAAGAACGUACUAUAUUUGAAGAUUCUGUUCUUGAGAAAUGGACUUGAGAAGUCUUCUCUUGCUACUGAGGAUCGAAAAGCAUCCGCUCUCCUACUCUAACUACCGGACGUUCUCUGGCAAGUAACCCUAUUAGACAUCCAAUCUACGAGUCGGCAGGUCUGUCGCAAGCUUCAUCGGGACACUGGCGCGUCGAAACAGGAACGAGCGAAACGCAUAGAAGCGUUGGCUAGAGUGGGCAAAAUUUUUCUUCAAGUGGCAGCAACCAGGGACUCGGAAGAGGACAGGAGUGGAGGGAAAUUAUGAUCAUCUUUCGGUUUUGUUUCUUGUAGUACAAUAUUGUUAAUACAAGCAUUAAAGCUACUAGAAUUGAAUAACUCGUCGUCACUUCCUCUUCUUCUAACCACAGACAAACACAAAAGGAAACAUGCAAGCGGCAGACGGUCGUCAUCGUCAAAAGGGGACGGUGCUGGUGACAAGAGGACGAGCAAUCAGAGGAGUGGCCAGAAGUCUCAGCGGAUGGAAACGGCAAUUCGUGUGAUGAUGACAGGUGCGAAACAGGAGGAGAUAGAAUAG